CUCCAGUUGUUUGAGAAGGAGGGACAGAAAUGGAUGGAGAUGAAGAAAAACUAUGAUGAGAAGACGGAAGAUGAAAUGAAAAAGAAUGUAAAGAAAACAGAGAAGUUAAUGGCAGAGAUUGAUGCACCCUUUUCACAUGUAGUUCCAGUACAGAGACCUCCGCCGUAUAAGAAGGAGAUGGAGCUCAGGGAAGUUUAUCCUCAACUUCCGGUAAUUAGUCAAGAGGGCAAUUACCACAUUAAGAAUGAGGCUGAGCAGGUUAUAGAAGUGGGGAAAGCAGAGACAACUAUUAGGAUGUAUCCAAGUACAAAAAGUAAAAAGCAAACGACACGUUUGGAGACCGGAGGACGAUUGAGAAUUACAAGGAUGGAUUUUGGAGAAGUGGAGGAUCAGAGUGAUGAAGAAGAAGCCAUGGGAGGAUAUGAUCCAGCAGUCAGAAGACUACUGGCCAGAGCGGAAAGAAGAGGAGGUAAAACAGGAAGAAGAAUGGAACUGAGAGAUGACAGUGAUGAAGAUUUGGAAAGAGAGAGUCCUACUCUUUUGAAGUCUGCUAAGAUAAAAACUGCUUAUAGAGAAGAAGAAAGACGACAGAUUUUAAGAGAAGUUGAAGAGAAUAUAGAUCGAUGCUGUAGAUGUCUGGACAAAUGCACUACACCAAAAGGAAGGAAGGCAUUAGAAGACCAAUUACAAGAACUGCAGAUUCAGAAGAAAGAGUUGCGGAAAACAGGUUCCCAAAAACUGGACAAGGAAUAUGAACUGCGUUCAAGGGAAAAGAAGAAGCCUGGUAAGAUGUGUCCAGUUGUCAUAAGAGGUCAGAAUUUGGAGUAUAAACCUUGGCAGAGUACUGACAUGUCAGAUAUACUUGAGAAGUUACCUACUCUUCAAGAUGGAGCACACCCUUGGAUCUCAAAGUUGGAAGAGAUCAUGGUGGGGACGCAAGCUGCAGUAGGAGACAUUAAGAGAUUGCUGGCAAAUAUACUUGGGGUCCCAGCCAUGGGGGAGAUUUUGCAAAGAGCUGGAUUAAACCGUUAUGUGGAAACUGCUGUAAAUGAUUCAGAGCUGUUUGCAGCAAAUAGAGGUCGAGUAUGGAGAGCAUUGAAAGAUACAUUUCCAACAAAUAUACACCCUGAUAACAUUCUCAUUGAGCCACUGGGACAGGAAGAAAAUCCGAGAGCCUAUGUGUCAAGAGCCUAUCAGGUGUGGAGAAAUGUCACAGGAAACGAUCCAGAGGAGAGCCAAAUGGAGCAAUCAAUUUUGCGAGCCAAGAUACAGAAGGGGCUACCUCUACCAGUGCGGAGCAAAUUGGCAGAAGUGGUUGGUCUUGGAAAUAUGGCAAAGGGUGUAUAUACAGACCAUGUAGCACAUCAAGUGGACCUGCAUAGAAAGAAGGAGUAUGAUCAGAAGGAACAAGAUCAAGAAACUCUUCGGAAACUCAAUCAAAUACAAUUGGUGGAUAACAAGAAGAAGGAGAAGAAGCAGGCUUUAGUUUUACAGAGCCAGCCUGAACAAAAUCAAUCAUCUCCACAAUUGCAGCCAAACCAGAGUGUACGUGAUGUGGGGGGACCUACUGCGGUGAAACUGCAAACCGUUACUGGCGAGCUGGCCCCUGUGCUUGGACGAGGGGUGGUGGUGAUGCGGGUUGGGGGGUUGGCAGUGAACUUCAGGGUGUGGGUUGCAGCGGUGCAGGACCCCUGCAUCAUAGGACUGGACUUCCUGAGGGCCGCCCGCUGUGUGUUAGACCUAGGAAAGAACACGCUGGCCUUCCCAGGGGGUCCCACUGUUGAAAUGACCUACGCAGUGGAUACUGGCAGGUCCCCUUCUGCCCUUCAGCAAGACCAAAGAAUCUGUAUGGGCAGAGGGUUGUGGCAGUUCCGGGUCCUCUGCUUUGGCUUGUGCAACAAGCCAGCCAUGUUCGAACGGCUAAUGGAAAAGGUGCUGGCCGACAUUCCUAGACAGGAAUAUCUAGUUUAUCUAGAUGACAUCCUGGUCCACGGGAGCUCCUUCCAGGUGGCCUUGGGGGCCCUGCGGUGGGUUCUACAGAGGAUAGCAGCGGCGGGUCUGAAGCUCCACCCCGACAAGUGCUGCUUCCUGAGAAAAGAGCUGGAGUUUCUGGGGGAGAGGACAUCAGCACAUUGGAGGAGAAAGUGCGGACAGUGGAGGACUGGCCAACCCCCACCAACUUGCAUGAGCUGA